AGGUGUACGUAAUAUCUUUUAAGAAGAACUCAAAAUUCUUAUAAAACUUGUAGAAUUGCGAACCAUUUGCAAAACAAACUGUAUGAAUAGAAAGAGUUAAUACCAAUUUUAUAGUGGCUGUCACGUUAAGGAUCAAAAAUGACGAGUAUUUCCACAAUUCUCCAGCAGCAGCAACAAAAGCAAGCAACAGAUUACCGGACGCAUUUGCACAAUGGCGGCGGCGGUCGCAGCAGUCGCAGUAGUAGUGAAAUUAGUAGUGGUGGAGAGUCGCCACCACAACUAACUGGAUCGGACGCGCUUAAUAUGACGAUGGCGGCUACAACUGCAGCAACGACGAUGCCACACAAGCAUCAUCAUCAGCACCACCAACAACAACAUACAAGUACAGCUGCUAACUCCUCAUUAUCAGCCGCCAAUGCUGCGUUCACCUCGCAACAACAACAACAAUCAAAUCAACAACACCCCCACUCACAUCAGUCGCACCAUCACAAUCAUCACCAGCAACAGAACGACCAUAUUAAGCGGCCAAUGAAUGCAUUUAUGGUCUGGUCACGCGGACAGCGACGUAAAAUGGCGCAGGACAAUCCAAAAAUGCACAAUUCAGAGAUUUCCAAACGUUUGGGUGCCGAGUGGAAAUUACUUACCGAGGGACAAAAGCGACCAUUCAUCGAUGAAGCAAAGCGUUUACGAGCGUUGCACAUGAAAGAGCACCCCGACUAUAAAUAUCGACCGCGUCGCAAGCCGAAGACACUCAACAAAUUGCCUGUAUCUGGCUCGGGAGUGAAUGGCUCACAAAAGGAGUCACAGCAUACCCAUCUUGGCCCAUCGGCCGCGGCUGCAGCGGCAGCUGUUGUUGCCCAUCAUCAACAGCAUUCGCCCACAAGUCAUCAUCAUAUUGUCAAUGCGGCCAAGUAUGGUUUUGGCGCAACGCCUCUAGAAUUGACCUUGAAUAUGCCGUCACGACAUCUAUCAGGCCCUUUUCCGACAGCGACAACGCUAACGCACUACCCUCUGGAUCCGACUAUAGCACUCGACUUGCAGGCCCGUCUUCAAGCCAUGUACGCCGGUACCCUAUAUCAUCCAUGGCGAUAUUUUGGCUGCACGCCGCUCAUUAGCCCCGAGACACCGCCGUCACCGCCCAGCAGCAACGGUACGGGUAGCAUCGCUUCAUCAUACGGUUGUGGCAUUAAAUCAGCCAAAUCUUCGCCCACGCUGGCACUGUCCACGGGCACUCAAGCACCGCCCAAUAUCAUUUGACCAACUCCUUUGAGAUUUGGAGGGAGCUCCAUGGGUAAUACCGCCAUUGCGGUAGUUGCUGAACCGGCUAUGUAGACUAUUAAUUAUGUAAAUGGUAGCGUAAGCGUAAUUAAUCCUACUCUCAUUUUUAUUGAGUAUAUGUAAGUAUGUAUGUAUCCACUUCAAAUGUUUAUAAAUAGUUUAUCUACUAAAACUUAUUACUCCAAAGUGCUUACAAGAUGCAAUUUUAAAUUAAAUACUUUUAAUGUUGUACAUAUGUAAGUUGUAAUUUAAAUUUUAUAAAUUUAAUUGCGAGAAACUUAAACUUCUCAAUUGAUGAGUCCAUUUGUAGAAAUUUGGUCACACAACAUUACAGAAGUUAUAUUUUAUCGCAAUUUUUUUAAAUUUUCUUACAUUCAUCGCAUUUAACAAAAAUUAAAAUUUUUUAGCCAAAAAUUUAAUUGUAACUCUAUACUUAAGAACGCUUAGUUGUAAAAAUAAACUUUUAGAAAAAGUAAAAAUCUAAAUAAAUAAAAUUACGA